AACUAUUUGUAGGCGUGGUUUUUGUGUAAAAUGGUUCUUCUUGAAAACGACGCGUUUCUAACUGAGCUGACCCGGAUGUUUAGUAAGAGUAAAACGUCUGGCUCUGUCUUUCUCACCAUGAAGAAAUAUUCUGGUCGUAUGAAGCCGCAUGCAAAGAGAGCGGGAGCUGCGAGGAGUGAUGUGGCUGAUGUAGAGUCUAAUAAGUGUUUGAUUAGAGCGUCAACGGGAAGGAAAAGGAAGAUCAGUACUGUGGUUUCAUCAAAAGACGUCAUCAAGUUUCAGAUGGCGUAUGCAAAUCUUCUUAAAGCAAACAUGGAUGGCUUAAAGAAACGAGAAAAACGAUCACAGAGAGACAAAUCCAAGAAAGGGAAGGCAACUCAAUAGAACUCAGUUCUGUAUCAUGUAUGAGUGUAGAUUAGGUCAGUGGGUGAUUACCUUUCUAUAUAACAGCAGCCAUAAUACAAAGUAUGCCA